AUCGAAGGGUCUUAUUGAGUGACAAUGGUUAUAAAUGCUGUCAGAGUUUCAAGAACACUAAAAUAAACUGUCGUCUUCAAGUUGGAAUUGUUGUUACAAUUCUUUCCUCCAAGAAACUGUGCCGUAGACUUUGGGAGAUUUAGAGCUUCGCAAGAUUUUGGGGAUGCCAAAUAAACAUUUCUUCAAGCCUCUUCUUCCCGGAUUUCACAGCCACUUGACAAUUCCUGUAGCCUUCUUCUUGAAGUAUAUAAAAGGAAGAGAUGAGCAGAAGAAGACGGCAAGGCUAAGAUCAGACGCGUCCAAGAUAAUCUGGAAUGUGAAGUUAGAUGGCAAAAGACUCACUGAUGGUUGGAAAGAGUUCGCUCUUGCACAUAAUCUUCGAAUCGGCGACAUUGUUAUUUUCAGACAAGAGAGAGACUUGGCUUUCUAUGUGACACUAUUGGGACCUAGCUGUUGUGAGAUUCGAUAUGGUUCUUGUUUAGAAGAGGAGACCAACCUCGAUUCUCUUCUUUUUCCAGAGAAGAAGAAGGAGAAGAAAAGUCCAAAUGAAGACUCUUGUUUUGUGGCUAACGUCGCGCCUUCGAGUCUACGUUAUGACUCAUUGCUUUUUCCAAAGGCUUUUGUGAGGGAAAAUGGUGUAGUCACUGGAUCUGGAGAGAUUGUUCUGAUGAAUGAAAAGGGCAGAUCAUGGACUUUAAAAAUGAAACAAAAGCCAUCAUGCGGAACGAUUUAUGUCAGAGGAGGUUGGAUCAAUUUUUGUGAUGCCAAUGGACUUAAAAGUGGAGAUACCGUCACUUUCAAACUGAUCCAAAGAGGAAGAACUCGUGUUUUACGUUUGUUAGCUAAAGAGUCAAAACAAGAAGCUAAUGAUGUGUCUCUUUCCACAGAACCGGAGAGCGAUGAAGAUAGCAACAUCGGGAAGAUUCAAAGGCAGAGGAAAAUGAAAAAGAGUCCAAGAAGAGACACAGAGUCGUCCUCUUCACUAGAUCCCUCUUGUUUUGUGGCUAGUAUUGCGCCUUCGUCGCUACGUUAUGACACAAUGUAUCUUCCAAAGAAGUUUAUGAGGGAAAAUGGAAUAUAUACAAAACAUGGAGAGAUAAUUCUGAUGAACCAAAAGGGCAGAUCAUGGACUCUAGAUUUGAAACGAAAGAAGUGGUGCGGAACUUUUUGCAUCAAACGUGGAUGGAAAAGUUUCUGUCGUGCCAAUGGCCUUAGUGCUGGAAGUAUAAUAACUUUCAAACUGAUCAAAAAAAGAGGAACUCUCACUCUACGUUUGAUCCCAAAUGAGGGGGAAGAAGAAGAAGAGAUCUCAGAAGCUAACAAAGUAGAGUCUCUUUCGAGAGAUCAGGAAAGCGAUGAAGAGAGUAGCCAUGACGAGAAAAUCUCACAGGAAUGCUCAAGAAGAAAUGAAAAGAAGCGUAGAUUGAGAUGGAUAGCUUCAUCUUCACCAUCGAAAAACCGAUUUGUGACAUUAACUCUUACACCUUACAACGUCUCAGCUUCUGUACUGCGUCUUCCAAUACCCUUUACAAGGAUGAAUGGCAUCGAUAAAGAAACUAAAAUGACUCUGUUGGAUAAACAAGGUAAGAAAUGGUCCACGAAACUGCAUUUAGAGGACGAUAAAAGUAAAAGACUAAGAAUGGUAGGAGGCUGGAAAGGAUUCCUCCAAGCUAACUGUGUGAAGGCUAAUGAAUCGAUCAGGUUGGAGCUGAUUUGGGAAGAAGAGAAAAGUUGUGUUCUUAAGUUCCGCUCCAAGGUGAACCUAUAAACCAAAUGAAACUGUAUGAGUUUAAUGUUUAAAUGUAUCAAUGUUUGACUCUCUUUUCUUCGGUAAAAUUUAACAAUGGUAGCCAUGACUCUUCCGGUCUAAUUGUACUACAAUGACAAUGGUAGCCAUGUUUAAAUGUAUGAGUUUUUCUAUGUAUGUUGUAUGAUCCGAGUAAGUUAC